CCCUUCCCCCCCCCCUCUCCCGCUGCUAUGGAGUCGCAGCACCUGCUGGCCAAGCCGGCGCCGGUUGUGUCCGAAGCCAAGGCUAAGCAGGCCAAGAAGACCAAGGCAUCGCUCAACAUCAUCCUCUUCACGGUGUUCAUCGGCUCGGCCAUGUACACCAUCGUGCUGCCGUCGAUGCCGGCGUACAUCACACAAGUUCAUGCGCAGGCUUAUGUGCUCGGAUGGCUGGUCUCGGCCUUUUCGGCAGGCCAGUUCUUCCUCUCUCCGGCCCUCGGCAUGUGGUUCAACGCGCGCAACGCGCUCGAGCCGCUGCUCUUUUCUGGCGCCCUGCUCGUUCUGGGCAACGUGCUGUACUCGAUCGCGUGGUCCAAGUGGUGGCUGGUUGUCUCGCGGGUCAUUAUCGGCAUGGGCGCGGCAAACGUGUCGGUCUGCCGUGCCUACGCGGCGGCGGUGACACCUGUCGAUAAGCGGACGGGCGUGCUCUCGCUCAUUGCAGCUGCGCAGGGCGUGGGCUUUGUGGUCGGCCCGGCCAUGGGCGCGGCCCUGGCAUCGGUCAACUACAAGAUCAAGGUCGGCGGCUCGCUCUAUCCCGACGGCGAGUACCGGAUCAACAACGCGACUGCGCCCGGGUGGCUCUCGGUCGUGCUCUGCCUCAUCAACCUUCUUGUCCUCGCUCUGUUUUUCACCGACAUGUCGCGGGUGCCGCUGCCGAUGGCCAAGCGUGGCGGCGAGGUGUACGACACCAUCGACGACGACGACACCGACGUGCCGGCCAAGAUCCCCAACCGGCCGACGACGCCGACGACGCCGGUGCCGGAUCCGCUCCCGCUGCACCUCAUUCCGGCCCGCAAGUCGUGCGCCGGCGUGGACAAGACCCUCGAUCUGGUGGCUAUCUGCUUGGCCAUGGCCAUUUUCUUCUGCAUCAUCUCGUGCUUUGGCUGCUUUGAGACCACGCUCUCCAAGCUGCUCAAGGCCAACUACAGUUGGGGAACGGCCAAAGCCGGCAUCCUCUUCAUGUCGUGUGGUGUCAUUUCCAUCUUUGCAUUUCUCACGAUCAAGCCGCUGGGCAACGUCAUCGGCGACCGCCUGGUCCUUGUUGUGGGCCUCGGCAUCAUGAUCGGCACCGGCCUGUUGUGCAUCGCGUACAACGGCGGACACGUUCCGCUCGUCCAGUUCCUUGUCGCCAACUGCAUCUUCUCCAUCGGCUAUCCAUACUCGUCGGCCAUUAUCUACGCACUCUUCUCCAAGAUCCUUGGCGGCACCGAUCAGGGCACCAUGAUGGGCCUGCUGACCUCAUGCGGCUCGGCGGCCCGGACGCUCGGCCCGCUCGCCGCCGGGUAUGGCUACUACUACGGCGGUACCAACACCGUCUAUAUUGUCAUCGGCGGCUUGGCUGCGCUCGCUCUCGUCCUCACCCUGGCUGGCUGGUCCAAGCUCGUCACCUACGACGUCCUCCUCGACCGCAAGCUUGCCAAGUACCGCUCGUCGCGGCGGCUUGUCAUCCAGUCUGCGUAGCUGUACUCGGCGCUGCGGCCGAGGUAAAGUACGCAUGUGCUAAGGCGA